GUCUAGCCGCAGCCUCAGCACCAGCGAUGCAUAUCUGUAAUCUCUACACAUUCACAUAUGUGAAUAGGGCUUCUUCCACAACUACACCUGUCGUUCCUUCUCUCUCUAAGAAUUAGGGUUUUCUAUAGACUCACUGGGACGCCCACUUUCUCUUCCCGGAACUAUCUAUUUUUCUCUCUUGUUUUCUCUCAAAUUUCAAUGCCUGCAACUUCAUUCAUCGAAUCGUGCUCCGGAAACCCUAGAAAUUUCGAAAGCGCUCCCUUUCUCUUCCGAAAGGCGGGCGAUUUCCAAAGACCGGUGAAUUCGAUCUCCGUGUUGGCUGAGCUUGAAACACGGAUAUCCUAAUUUGAUCGGAGGCAUAGCGAUUUCCGACUUCCGAUGGCGCCAAGUCGCAGAAAAGGUUCAGGUAAAGCCGCGGCGGCGGCCGCUGCCUCUCGGCGGAAAUGGAAGGUCGGCGAUCUUGUCCUCGCCAAGGUCAAGGGUUUUCCUGCAUGGCCUGCUACGGUAAGCGAACCGGAGAAGUGGGGUUACUCAGCUGAUUGGAGGAAAGUACUCGUCUACUUCUUUGGAACCAAACAAAUAGCCUUCUGCAACCCUGCUGAUGUUGAGGAGUUUACAGAAGAGAAAAAAGAAUCUCUUCUUACCAAACGUCAGGGAAAAGGUGCUGAUUUUGUUCGUGCAGUACAGGAGAUUGUUGAUAGUUAUGAGGAGUUGAAGAAACAGGAUCAAGUUGAUGAUUUUAACUCUGCCAAUGAUGUUGCUGUGACAAAUAGUGAGAAUUUAGUGGACUCAUCAUCUAAUUCUGGGUUGAAGGAUCAGCCUGAAGCCCCCACAGUAGCAGUCAAUUCAAGAUUAAAAACUUCAUAUUCUGCUGAGGAUAGAAGUGAACCAAACCUUCCAAUUGAAAAUGCUGCAGCUGUGACACAAAUAGAUGGUUUGCAUGAUGGAGAGGCAUUAUCUCAAGAGCCUAAUGAUAAUAUGGUGGUUUCAGAAACACCAACUUUGGCUACUUACUCUUCAAGAAGGCGACUUGGGGGUAUGCGACUACAAACAUGCACUACACAGAGGAGGACAUCAUCAGCUCGAAUUUCUAGAAGUUUAUCAAGGGUGGAUUCCUGUAGAUUCCAGAAUCUCAUAAUGCCUUCUAAUGAUGGUGGAAAGAAUUCUGAGGAUGUAGCCACUAAUGGAACUAGGAAUGGAUCUUUGAGAAGGAACAAAAGAAUCCGAAAGUCACCAGAAGCAUCUGAAUGGCUUGAUGUGGAUUCACCUAAUUUUGUUUUGAAUGGUAGUGUUGAAGACAAUGGUUCUGAAAUCGUCACUGCUGAGUCUGACACCCUUAGUUUUAACGAAGGCAGUACUAUAGAGUCUGGUUGUAGACCUGAGCACUCUGAGUCUGUUGAAGGUUUGGAGGGAGAUAUUGAGUUGAGCAAAAGGUUUGAUCUCCAAACAAAGGCUGUUGUCACCAAGAAGAGAAGGAAACCAAAUAGAAAGCGGGUUACUAACGAUACACCAGAUUCUGUUAGACAAGACAAUGGGGCAGGUUUAGAGGUAAGUGUGCAGAGAAGUGGAUUAAAUUCAGAAAAUGUAUGUGAAAUAUCGAAUGAAAGAUUUUCCAAAGAAGAUGGUGAUGAGCACCUGCCAUUGGUGAAACGAGCUAGGGUUCGAAUGGGUAAACCAUCAUCUACAGUGGAGGCGCUUGAUAACCUUGUUCGCGUAGAAGAGAAAUCCCCAAUGGAGGUUCCAUUGAAUCUGUUGGAACAGGUUUGCACACCCUCAAAUUGUGAUGAUUAUGAUGUUAUUAGCAGGACCUCACCUGUGGUGAAAGGGUGUCUGGAUAAUUCAUUACUUUCAAAUGAUGAUAUUCAACUUGCAGAGGAUGAUACUCAUCUUUUGACAGUUAAGAAGAACCAACCACUCGGUCGUUCUGUGGAUGGUGAAGCUGCUUUACCUCCGUCUAAACGACUACAUCGUGCUCUAGAAGCUAUGUCUGCCAAUGCUGCUGAGGAUGGUCAAACUUGUGUUUCUUCUACAAAGGGAUACCCUCAGAUGAGCAUGGAAAAUAUAGCAGAAAAUGGUUUGCGUGUAGAGAAUGUAGACUCUCAUGGGAAUGGUUUGGAUGUAGAGAUUGUAGACUUCCAUGGCAACGAUGCUUCUGAGGAAGCUAAGGUUGUCUUGCCUAUGAAUUUAAGCACAAUGAUUUCAGAGGAAACUACAAAAUCUUCUUUACAAAUAGGCAUUUGUAAUCAACCAGGUGAAAAUUCUGAUAGCCUCAAGGAUGAGUCCUGCAAAGAUAUGUUUAUAGAAGCUGUAGUGGCUGAUGGUAAAGAUGUUAAUGGGUCGUCUAUCUGUGCUUAUACAACUAAGACUUUGGUUGUUGGCCAGAGCCCAAAACAUCCUGACAGAAAGCAUCCUAGUUCUGUAUCCAAUCAAGGUUCACUAGAUCAGUUGUUGCAUCCAAAGGACGAAACGAGAAGUGGAAAUUGUGAUUUGAUCAACAGGAGAGCAGAAAAACCUGAUGGAGGACUUGAUAAUUUAGGACAUAUUGGGAUGGUUUCAGGUCCUGGUUCCAAGGCUGAUGAAAUUCCUAAAGUUUCACCUCAAAAUUGUACCAACACGCCUCUCUGCGAUGUAAAGGAUAACUGUCAUGAAAAUACUGAGCCUGUGAAGCAUCCACAAGAUGAGAACAUCCAAAUUAAUAGCAUGUGUAAGGCUGUGAAAGAAGGCGAACAUGACCCAACACAGAAGGAAAUGAAUGCUCCUCCAUCUCCAACUUCAGUGAAGGAUGUGAUGGCUGAUGUUCAGGGCACACAACAUUUAUCUCAUUCUGCUUCUGUUUCUGAUGAACACCUGGAUGAUAAGGAUGUCUCAGGUGACCGGUUAAGUUUAUCUCCAACUGAUGGAGUAUAUUCUACUGCUCGGGCCUCUCUGCCCAAUACCUUAACAUGCCCUAUGUCUACCUCAGAUAAUAGUACUUCUCUUCAGAAUAAUGGUUGUUGUAGUCCUGGUGUUCAUUUACAUCAAGAGAAAACUAUAUGUUCAUUUGAUGCUAAUGAAGAAAGUAAAUUUGAAUCAACGGUUACCCAUAGACCAAAAUCCAUGGGCAAGUGGAGUAAUUCUGCAGAAGCAAGUGCUGCUCUAACAUCCUUUGAGGCCAUGCUAGGAACACUAACAAGGACAAAGGAGAGCAUAGGUCGAGCAACACGCGUUGCCAUUGACUGUGCAAAGUUCGGCAUUGCGGCCAAGGUGGUGGAAAUUCUGGCCCGUAACUUGGAAAAUGAGGCAAGCUUGCACAAAAGGGUGGACUUGUUCUUUCUUGUGGAUUCUAUUACCCAAUGCUCUCGAGGUUUGAAAGGUGAUGUUGGAGGAAUAUACCCUUCAGCUAUCCAAUCAGCUUUGCCACGUUUGUUGUCAGCUGCUGCUCCUCCUGGAAGUGCCGCUCAAGAAAACCGUAGGCAAUGUCUAAAGGUUUUGAGGCUUUGGCUGGAAAGAAGGAUCCUUCCAGAAUCCAUUGUUCGUCAUCAUAUGCGAGAUCUUGAUUCCCUUAGUGGUUCAUCUUGUACUAGUUCCUUUUCUAGACGCCUGUCAAGAACAGAAAGGGCUUUCAAUGAUCCUAUCAGAGAAAUGGAGGGCAUGUUUGUUGAUGAAUAUGGAAGCAAUUCAAGUUUUCAGCUUCCGGGUUUCUGUAUGCCCCGCAUGCUCAAGGAUGAAGAUGAGGGAAGUGAUUCUGAUGGAGGGAGUUUUGAAGCUGUUACUCCUGAACGUAAUUCUGAAACCCCUGAAGUGCGGGAAGCAACCCCCACAGCUGAAAAGCAUAGACAUAUUUUAGAAGAUGUUGACGGUGAGCUUGAAAUGGAAGAUGUGGCUCCUUCCUGUGAAGUUGAAAUGAGUUCAGCCAGGGAUGUUAGUGGAAUCAACAACGCACAUAAUUCACAUCAAUUUGAACCACAGUUUCCACUUUCAUAUGCCCCUCCGCUACCUAAUGACGUGCCUCCAUCUUCUCCUCCUCUGCCUACAUCCCCACCUCCACCGCCACCUCCCCCUCCACCUCCCUCAUUGCCCCUUCCUCCAUCUGCAAUAUCUGAUCCCUUCACUCACGAUGGUGAUUCAAAGGUUUAUGUGGGUACACAUAAUAUUCAGGACAAUUUGCAGCAAUCUGUGGUUCAGCAGUCAGUUGCACCAAGGAUCAACUCCUCGAUUUCAGAGGCAGUGCAUUAUCAAGCUCCUGAAAGUAGAGAUAUUCAGAUGCAGAUGCAGAUGCCUGACUCUGCUAAUUCUAGCGGUUUUCGCAAUUUUCCUGGUUCUCAUCAUCCCAUGCGACCAGCAAAUAAUGUUCAUCAGAUGGAUGGUGCUAACUUGCAUAAUAGGAAUUAUCACCUUCGACCGCCUCAUUCUGCACCAUCAAAUCAAUUCUCUUAUGUUCAGGCAGAUCAGCGAGUGCAGUCCAGGAGGGAGCCCCCUCCUCCCUACCCCAACAGAUUCCAUGGGGGGCAGAACAUGGAGCCUGGAAAUUUUUACAAUGACCAUGAUGGAAUGAAAUUGGCCCCACAUGAGUUUGGUGAGAACUGGAGGUUUUCUGGCCCCGGUUUUCAUGGUCCAUCAUAUCCUGACAAAGCCAAGAUGACAUAUUCCCAUUCCCAUCCUCCAUACAAUGGCCCACCAUGUGAGCCAACAAGAAUACCAAACCAAUGGUGGCCCUGUCCUCCCCGGCCCAUGAAUCACAGAAACUCCGUGCCUAUAAGACCCACACCCUCUGAAGGCGCAAUUCCAGUGGCAAGUAGAGGUCCCAACUAUUGGCGACCAAGAUGAGUAAAUUAUGAAGAGUUUGCUUUUCUCUGGCAUGGCCCAUUUUUGAUCUGGGUUCUGUAGCUUGUUUGGUCCUGCGGCUUGUUCAAAAUAUAAGAGAAUUUUUCUGGGGCAUUUAUUUGUAGGCUGCUGAGGUACAGAUGAAUUAGAAGACAAUGCAGCAGCACCAACAGACGGCAGAAAUGAUAUAAUUCUGAUUGUAAAUAUAUGUAAUUCUACCAUAGUUUCUGCAAAUGCGGAGCAGGAGACGGUCAAUGAAGAUUCGGUGAGCUUUAACCAAGCCACAGGCUGUCGUGUAUUCACCAUCUUCUUCUGUUUAUCUUUCUCAUCAUAAUUAAUUUCCUCCUCAAUCUUCAUAGGAAUUUUAUAACCCUUUUUUUCUUUUUUCUUUUUUUUUUUUCACUUUGGAGAGGCCAAUUUAUUUAAACUUUUUCACCCCAAUAGAUUCCUACCUUCAACUUGCAGCUCUACUGUAAAGAUUUCUCAUUUUGUUUUAUGCAUUGGGGAACGUCCUUUUUGACCUGCAUGUCUGGAUUAUAAUUGAGUGGCAUUUGAACAAAAUUAUCAUUAGAGUUGCGUAUGAAAUAUGUAUAUGUUUUGGUGGAUUGCUAUGACAUGGAUUAAAAAAAUGAUUCAUUUUUUAAUAAAUUUUUAUGAGGUGAUCUGUCUCUGA